GGGCGGCGCGAGGCUGGUGGGCGGCACUGCGAGGAGGCCAUGAGCGCUGACAAGAAGCAGCGGCCCGGGGCUGAGCAAUGCCCGUCGGUGGCACCGCCGGCCCCGGCCCCCAGCCGCCGCCAUCACCACCACCACCGCCGCGCUCCCCCGGCCGGCGUCUUCUCGUGGCUGAACAGGCGCUCGGUGGGCCGAGGCCUCGGGGCGCUGGUGGAUCCGGGACGCGAGACCUUCAGAAUCAUGACCAGUCUGUACAGCUCCAUGAACCCGGCGGACUCGGUGCCGCUGAGCACGAAGACUCACGGCGCCGUGUUCAACCUGGAGUACUCCCCAGACGGAUCAGUUCUAACAGUGGCUUGUGAGCAGACUGAAAUCCUCUUGUUUGAUCCAGUAUCUUCAAAACAUAUCAAAACUUUGUCUGACGCUCAUGAGGAUUGUGUGAAUAACAUCAGGUUCCUUGACAACAGGCUAUUUGCGACCUGCUCUGAUGAUACUACAGUAGCACUAUGGGAUUUACGUAACCUCAACUCAAAGGUCUGCACCUUGCAUGGCCAUACGAGCUGGGUAAAGAACAUUGAAUAUGACACUAACACAAGACUCUUAGUGACGUCAGGAUUUGAUGGGAAUGUAAUCACAUGGGACACAAAUAGAUUCACAGAAGAUGGCUGCCCACACAAAAAAUUCUUUCACACGCGUUAUCUAAUGCGAAUGCGUUUGACACCAGAUUGUUCAAAGAUGCUAAUAUCAACAUCAUCUGGCUAUCUUCUAAUUCUUCAUGACCUUGAUUUAACCCAGUCAUUAGAAGUUUCCACCCGCAGUUUACGAGGCAAGCGUUCUGCUUCAGGCACAGAUUUGACAACUACUUCCAGCUUGCCUAAUUUACGAUCGCAUAGUCAUCAGAUAGGCGCAAGCCAAAACAUUGAAAAAUAUACAUCACAAUCUCGUGUGCAGGCAGAGAGAGAAGGCGGCUCACCAAGAAAUAGUCUAGAAGUUUUAACGCCAGAGAUUCCUGCCGAAAAGUUUCGUGGGAGUUGUAUUACAUCACUGCAACUUCAUCCCAAAGGUUGGGCUGCGUUAAUUAGAUGCACAAGCAACACAGAUGACCAGGAGUGGACUUGCAUCUAUGAAUUCCAGGAAGGUCCUUCAGUCCAGGCAGCAGCUCCUCGUUGCUCCCUUUCUCUUACGCAUUACAUUGAAGAGGCUAACGUGGGCCGUGGAUACAUUAAAGAACUUUGCUUCAGUCCUGAUGGUCGACUGAUUUGCUCUCCUUAUGGCUAUGGGAUUCGCUUGUUAGGUUUUGACACCCAAUGUAGUGAACUAUGUGAUUGCUUACCCAGAGAUGCAAGCAAGCUGCAAGAGAUCAGAACUAUUUAUUCACACAGUGAUGUUGUACUUACAACUAAGUUUUCACCCACUCAUUGUCAGCUAGCCUCUGGAUGCCUAAGUGGACAUGUUUUGUUGUAUCGGCCAAAGUUUUAAGUAUCCUGAAUUACAUGUAGGAACAACAACAAAUAUACAUUUGUAUAGCGCCUUUCAUGUCGGGAGGACAUCCCAAGGUGCUGAGGAAGUGCUGACUUGAGCAGCUAAUUUGGCAGAUUGUUACAAAAGCAAAUUGUUUUUAAUGUUAAUUGGAGCAGAUCAAAAUUAGUGAUUAAUGAUAAGGUAUUUUGUCAGCAGUUUAAAACCCAAAUGCAAUUUGGCAUUUCAGUGCAAUACAACAAACCAGCAGGUCUCAAUUUUAUAGUUAUAACUGGUGUGCUAAUGUGUUUUUCUCGUGGAGUUUUGCUACCUAUCAAGACCCUUAAAACGACUUUUGUUGUGUGUUAAAUGUUUACCUUAAACCUUAUUUUCAUACUUAGAAAUGAAUUGAUGGUUGAAAGUAAUACACUGUAUCAACAUUUACACACUACAGAUUUGUGGUUCAUAUUUAGAAACAUUUGUAAAACGGUACUGUAUAUUAGAAGUAGGACUGCAUUAAUUUGAGUUUACCAUUUUUAUUAAAAUGGAGAAAUAGAAAAAAUAUUAGAUCAACUUCAGUUACACAUAAGUAAUUAGUGAGAAAAUGUAAGUAAAUUAUUUAAUUUCAGAUGUACAAAUGUGUAUGUAGCCCGUAUAUGUGAAAACUAAAUAUUACAAAGUACUGUACUUAGAACAUACAGAAGCUGAAUGUAUUUCAUAAUCUCACCAUAUGCUAAUGUAAAAUUGUGCGGCUAUAAAUGUUGCAGUUAACUUGGAAUAAAGUGAUUGGCCUUAGCCAAAUCUUA